AAUGUGUUCAGCCUGUGUAAUGCUUGGACCGAGAGCUGGAUGUUUAUUCAAAGCGAGAUGUUGUGGGCUCUGAGCUAUAAUCAGUGUUUUGUGAACACGGAGUCUGAAUCAAAAACUGGAUUUCUUGAGCAGAAAAUGACCUAAGUGGUUGUUAAGACGCUUUAUUGCGUGAGAUGAAUUAGAGAGAAGAUCCUGUUGGAGGAAAUUCCAUCUCUAGUUCUCAGAUGGUUCACAUCCAGUGGCUUUGCCCCAUUGAUAUCUGUGCUACGGUGUGAACUGGUGUCUGUGCACGCACUGGAACAGCUGAGUAAAAUUAAGCCACAUUCUGCUUUGCAGCCACGCUGCUAUGAUUGCUGUCAAGCUGAAAUUGAAGCAAUUUAAACGCUAACUUUUACAGACUGUACCAAGACCACACUCCCAAGAAAGAAGUUUUGCAACUGAAGACCAAAGAGUUUAACAAAGAUUAACACAGUUUAACUGGUUUGUGCUUUUUGUUGGCUGUGAUAAAACAAAUACAAUAAUCUUCAUCGGCACCUGUUGAUGGCCCCGCGGCUGGUUUUCAAUAUUUAGCGUUAUAAGGUGGCUACCAAAGAACACGUUCAUGUUGAACAUAUCUGAAUGGAUUUUGACAGAACAUUUUCCAUCGAGCUGCGAUCUCCAUGGAGUUAUAUCUGAAAAUAUGCUUCCUCUUGUCCCAGUUGUGGGAGGUGCACGUGGACAGAGCUGUGUGUGUUGAGCCAUACUUCUGUGACUUGCUGUAGAAACAACCACCCAGUAUCUGAAGUGCCAUUUUUGGAAUUGUUCCUGCCUUCAUCAGCACCAUCUAGAUCCAAGGCUGAGCUGAGCAGUUAUUACUAUGCAGUUUGGAUUCUUUUUGGUGGUGAUCAUUUUAAACUCCAUGGAUUACACCGGCUGCCAUGUCUUGAAGGGAAGGAGGCAAAGGCGAAUAAGCACGGAGGUAACUCCAGUUUGUCCAAAAGGGUGCGAGCUAUGUUCAGAGUACAAUGGAUGUUUAAAGUGUUUGCCCAAAUUGUUCAUCCUUCUGGAAAGGAAUGACAUUAGACAGAUUGGCAUUUGCUUGCCAUCAUGCCCACCUGGACACUUUGGUGUGCGGACACCUGGAAUGAACAAAUGUACCAAAUGCAAAAUUGAAAACUGUGAGGCCUGCUUUAGCAGGAACUUUUGUACUAAAUGUAAAGAAAAGCUGUACCUGCACAGAGGGAAGUGUUAUGACAGCUGUCCAGAGGGGUUUGCAGCCACGAAUGGCACCAUGGAGUGUAAUCACGCUGCUCACUGUGAACUGAGUGAGUGGAGUGCCUGGGGUCCAUGUACCAAGCGAGAGAAGUUAUGUGGUUUCAAAAGAGGCACUAAAACAAGGACCAGACAAGUGCUCCAAAAGCCUUUGUCAGAAGACAUGACGUGCCCCCCAGUCAGCGAGAGCAGAAGUUGCACAGUCCAGAGAAAGCCUUGCUCCAAUGGACGAGGAAAAGGAAAUGGAAGAAAAGACAAACAGAAACCCGGAAAGAAAGGCAAAAGGAACAAAGAAGGCGGUAGUCGGCACAGCAAGAAGGAGAGCAAGGCCGGCAGUAAGAAGAAGAAAGGACAACAAGGAAAGGCACUUCCUGAAACGACCCCCAGCACCAGUCAAUAACAGCCUUAACUUUCAACACAGACACUUUAAUGCUGAUGCAUAUAAGUCAGCUCUCAGACCUGAAGCACUGCUGCGGUGAGAAAUAAAUACAGCCUCUUGCUACUCUAACUGUAACUGAAAAGAAGUGACAUUAUCGUUUUGAGGACUUAAAUAUUGCAACCCCAUUCAGUGUAUAUCUGAAAAUGGAAUGAAAUGGGUAUUAAAUAGUCCAGUGGACACAAUCUUCCAGAGGAUUUUGUUAGGAACUUCCAUGAAAACAGUGACUGAAUAUUAUAGAGCAGGCCUGCUGCAGAACCAACGGAGAUGACUGUUCUAGGGAGGGAAGGAAUGACUUUGACAUAAUGGCUUCUGGAAUUGUGCAGAUA